CGUUAGGUGGCGAUAAGGCACCCGACUAGUCGCUGAAUUAAAAAUAAAAGAAAAAAAUAGCAUCCCGGAAGGUUUGACAUCUAUUUCCGUUGGACAUUACCCGACCAGAAACAAGACCGACCAGCAUUACAGAAGAGUCUUGCGGAGCAGGGAGAUUGGCUCGCUUGAGAACAUGGGCCGCCACUUCGGAGAUUUGGCCAAGGUCAGGCAUGUGAUUACCUACAGUCUGUCUCCAUUUGAGCAGAAGGCGUUCCCCAACUAUUUCUCCAAGGGAAUCCCCAAUGUGUGGAGACGGUUCACAGCAUCUUUCUUCAAGGUUGCCCCCCCAAUGACUCUGAUGUACCUGACAUACACCUGGGGCAACAAUGUCCAUCAGCAGGGCAAGAGGAAGAAUCCCUCUGAUUAUGAGAAUGACGAAUGAGCUUCUGCCACCCUCCUGCUGUUUAUUCCAACUCUGUCUGUUUUACCAAUAAAGAGAAAACAUAUUUAUGUGAA